GCCGGCCGAAGUAAACAGAGCUACUACGCCUGCGCACACCCUUCCUGGGUCACGUGUCGGCGCGGACCUCCCAGAUUGCCCCGGAGAGCCGUCCCGAGACUGUAAGGGACCGUGUGCAAACUGGAGAGGCGUCAACCUUUCCCUGAGGGGCGGAUUCGGGUAGGAGCGGAGCGUUGGGUCGGAAACGCCCCCUUCUCCCACAGUCGGAGAUUGAGAUCCUGAACUGGGCCUGCGGGGUGUCGCCGUACCUUUGUGGGACAUGGCCGGCUGUGGGGAGGGUGGCGCUGCGCCCGUGGUACCUCUGGGGUCCCCUGGAGUUUGCAGUAAGGGGUUGCAAAGGAAGGGGCCCUGUGAGCGGCGCCGGCUGAAGGCGGUGGUAUCGGAGCAGCUCAGCCAGGAUCUGCUCAGGCUCCUAAGGGAAGAAAUCCAUACAGAUGUUACUUUCUGUGUAGGUAGUACUUUGUUCAAAGCACACAAAGCAGUCCUUUUAGCAAGGGUUCCUGACUUCUAUUUUCAUACUUUUGGACAGACAUCUGAUAAUUUAACAAAUCUUGAGUCUAUUGCUGUGGAGAACUUUGAAGCUUCAGAAUUUAGAACAUUUUUACAGAUGGUAUAUUCAUCAAACAGAAGCCUAAAAAACUAUGAAGAGGAAAUUCUUAGGAAAAAGAUAGUAGAGAGGGGUGUACCACAAAAGAGACAUGACUUCAGCUUUGGAAAGUAUAAAAAGUCAUCUCCUUGUUCUCUUCUGAAGCAUGAAGGUCCAGAGGAUAUCAGUGAUGGAGAGGACAAUUUAAUUUCCACUGAUAAUUAUGACUUGGAUCCUGCAUCUGAAUUAGGAGAAGAUUUAUUGAAACUUUACGUGAAACAUUAUUGCCCAGAUAUUGAUAUUUAUGUUGAUGGAAAAAGUUUUAAAGCUCACAGAGCCAUUUUAAGUGCCAGAUCUCGUUAUUUUGCUGCAAUGCUGAGUGGCUGUUGGGCUGAAAGCUCCCAAAAGUACAUUACUCUUCAAGGUAGAAACCAUGUGGAAAUGAAUGUUAUGAUGCAUUUUAUAUAUGGAGGAACUUUGGACUUUCCAGACAAAGCUAAUGUUGGUCAGAUACUCAAUAUGGCUGAUAUGUAUGGACUAGAAGGAUUAAAAGAAGUAGCAAUCUAUAUUUUAAGAAGAGAUUACUGUAAUUUCUUUCAGAAGCCUGUUCCCAGAAGGUUGGCAUCUAUAUUAGAGUGCCUGAUUAUUGCUCAUACAGUUGGAGUGGACAGUCUUUUUGCUGACUGCAUGAAGUGGAUUGUAAAGCAUUUUGCAAGGUUUUGGUCUGAGAGAAGUUUUGCAAAUGUACCUUCUGAGAUUCAGAAAAGUUGUCUUAAUAUGUUGAUUCAGUCUUUAGUAAGUAUAAUCCGAAUGCCCUUGUUUGUGUUUGUCAUCAAAAAGUUUAUUUUAUAGGUACUUUCAGUGUUUUAAAUAUAAAUGUAUAAAAGCAAGAUGAGAUAACCAAUUCCAGAUAACCCAGAACCAGUUGAGAACCUGUCCUUAAGAUACUGUUCCCCUGUACCAGAUUCAUUAGUUAGGGUUCAGAGAUGCAGAACUACUAGGAAGUAUAUUUUGGUUCAUGAACAAAAGGAGAGAGGUGCCACAGAUGGAGGUUGUGCUAUGGUAUCAACAUGAAUUUCCUUCCACUCACUAAAGUAGAUUUGGAUACAAUGCUGAAACUUCUCUAUGGCAACAUUUCCCAAAAUGACCAGCAUUUACUUGG